AUGGUAAGCUACUCAGGCGAUCAGCUGAGGAAAGAUUUCGUUUAUUCAACCAGUAAAGACUAUGUUACUCCAUCUGGAGAAUCAGCACAUUACGUUCAAGGACAUCCUAAAUCGUUUGGUGAUGAAUUGACAUACAUACCAUUCGAAAAGAAAGUGGGUAAACGCGAUUAUGGUCCUCUGUGGUCAUUCAAUCAUACCCAUACACUCUUUGCUUCGGGUACAGGGAAAGAUAUCCAUAUUUACACUAUACCUUCGCGUCAUGAAGAAGCAGAGGGUAUUGAGAAGGGGAAAUUGAUUCAGACUUUAAGCGGCCAUACAGGUAGAUUACACUUGGUUUCUUUCAUCCCUGGACAAUCGAAUCGAUUGGUCUCUUUCUCUGAACAAUAUGGUUAUCCUGAUUCUGAUUUAGAUGAAAAAUCAAAAUUGAAGCCGAAACCGAAAUCAGAGAUAAUCUUCUGGGAUUUAGAUAAUAUUAAAUCACCAUCAAUUACAGAUCAAGAUAUUCUGACUACGUCGAAGAAAGGUUUAGAAUCAAUUUCUGACCAUCUUCAAUCUCUCGACUUCAAUAUAACUCCAGAGACGAAGGAAGAAAUUGAGCAAACAGUGUACAAGCUAUUAUCGAGGGAACAUAUAGAUCAAUUGAUACCUUCGGAUAGUAAGAUUAAUGGUAGAUUAACAGCUCAUUUCGGUUCACCUAUAUUCAACAAUAAAGGGGAUAAAAUGGUUUACAUGCCUGGAGACCGACCAAAAUCCAAUGGUGAUGAUAAAUGGGACUUAUGUUUGUAUGAUAUUACGACGCGAAAAACCAUUCAAAGUUUUAUCGGACAUAGAGACGCUAUCAUGUGGAUUGGAUUUUCACCUGACGAUACUCUUUUGGCGAGUGUAGCAUGGGAUAAAUCAAUCAGGAUAUGGGAUGUUGAUAAUGGUGAAGAGAAAUACAAGUUUGAAACGGAAAAUCAAAAUUGGGCUGGGAAAUGGUCAUUUGAUGGUAAAUUCUUCUUUGGGACUUGUGGAAGUGGCCCGAUAAGGAUAUGGAAUAUAGAUCAAGGCGGUCAAUUGGUUUGGGAAUAUAAUUACAAAGAAUGGUGUAGAGCUAUCGACUGGUCAUUGGAUGGUAAAUAUUUAGCUUUGGGUGGCAAAGGUAAUGGGAAAAUAAUCGUCUUCAAUGUUGGAUCCAUUUUUCAUCCCUCAGAUUCAGAUGUGAUCGACUCCAAUACUUUGAUGACCACUGAACAGCCCGAAUCCAUUGAACAAGAACAAGAAAAACCGAAACCUUUUAUAGCAUUUGAAAGAACACUUGAUAUCUCAAGUCUACCUAAAGACGUGGUCUCAUUCGCCGGUAGUAUGAUUUCAAUUGGUUCGCUUUCGUUUUUACCACCUUCGACAGGACUCAAAUUGGUCUCCAACACAGGUGCUGAAAGUGCAAUCGAAAUGUUCGAUCUGGAAACGAAAGGAAAACGCAGGUUCGUACAAAAAAAUGAGGAUGAUCUGGGUCAAGUGAGAGGAUGGGAAUGGUUGGAAGAACGGAAAGAAUUUGUUACUGUUCACGGAGAUGGAUUGAGAUUCUGGAAUUUGUAA